AGCACCCCGAGCUCCAACAGUGUGGCGUGUUCAGGCGGCGAAGCUCCACAACAGCCAGAGUGCAAGCUGAACCGACAAGGCACAAACAUACAUCCUUUUACUUUUAUAUUCACAUCUACAUAGUCACUCGACAGAUAAAUUUGCCGCCUGUGGCAGCUCUCAUAGAUUUCCAAGGAUAGACGCACAUCGGCGAACACAGGUACAACUCCAUCUGAAUCAGAACAGUAAUAAACUAUCUUUGAUAGUUUAUUAAAUAAGGAGCCAGAAGAGCACAGAAUGCAGCAGCUCAAACGCAUCCCACACCCCUCCGGUGCCGAAAUCCUCUUCGAUGCGAAGUGGCAUCAGUACAAGAUCGGCGGCACCGCCCUCCGCUCUGUCUCAAAGCUGCUCGACAAGUACUUCCCCUUCGACGAAAAACGCGUGCUGCAACUCGUCGCCAAGAAGACCGGCCAGCCGGUGGAUGUCAUUAAGCGAGGCUGGACGCGGCAGGCGCUGCUCGGCAAGAACGUACACGAGUACAUCGAGUGCCAACUGCUCCAGAAACCACCACCGUCGUUUAUGCUGCUCUUGAAGCGCAAAGAAGCGCGCGAGGCAGCGCGACCGGCCGACGCGACGGGGCCGACGCACACGUCAACGUCCGCGUUGGAAGAUGAGGCGCUACACGGUGAGGAGAGCCUGUAUCUGCCGGUGGCCGAUGCGGCGGUGCGUACGAUUUUGGCUCACUACGACUGCCUCAGCUCCGAGCAGGUGAUCGCCGCCCCGCGGUGGGGCAUCGCCGGCACGAUUGACUUCGUCGGCCGCAACAAGCAGACGAAUAAAAUACUGAUUGGUGACUGGAAAACCAGCGGGAGCGUCACGAGCAACUUUCGCUUCGGCUCCUUCGAAACGCCCUGCCCCGGCUGCCUCCGGCACCUGCCGAACAGCAAGUUCUACCGCUACGCGAUGCAGGUGAUCAUCUACGGCCGCAUCCUCGCGCGCGAGGAGUACUUCAAGCGGAAGUUUUUCGACGCGCAACUGCGCACCGCGCUCGCCAGCGAAGUACGAGCUGCAACGCUCUCCAGCUCGCCGGCAGCGGCAGAGAAGGGCGUCGCGGCGAAGAAGCUGCGGAGGAAGGCACCAAAAGGGAAGGCCGGCAAACAGGACGUCGACGAAGUGUCCGCCGCGGACAGCAACGGGAGCGCAGUUGCGAUGACCUCCGCAGACGUAACGACCCUUCUCGACACGUACUACCACGGCGAUAAUAUGGAAGAAGAGUUCGAGUACGGCAUCGUGCAGCUGUCGAAGGACGAAGAUGGCAGAGUGGUGGUGGAAUUCAAGGCGGUCACGCCGGCAACCGUGCUGCCCCCGGACUGCCCAGACUCCUCCUUUGACGAGCUGCUCCAGCGCGUGAUGGAAGGCGAGGGUGUUUGA